AUGGAUUUCCAAGGCAUAAUUUUUGCCUUUUUGAACUACCAUGUUAUAUUCUUGCGUAUUGAAACUUUGAUAGUACUCUUAAUUCUGGUAAUCUCUGAAGUAUUAAAUUAUUAAAUCAAUUCUUAAGUCCAUUAAUUACUUGGGAUAGGGUCAACUUUUAAUUGCCAAAUAUCAAAUUAAUCUUUGAGUAGUCGAUUUUAUUUGAUGAUGAUUGUUAAGACACAAUUCUUUUUCCAAAAGAGUCUUUUGCUCAUUCAAUUAUUUUCUGCCUAUAAUAUUUAGAAUACACAUUUAGUUGGAAAAUUUGUCUUCCAGUUAUUUUUGAUAAAUAUGAUUCUAUCUUAAUCAAACAACUAGUAUUAGAUGGACCUCAUAGACAUGUUUAGGAAAAUACCAAUUUACAACAUUAAGUAUAAAAGUGAUGUGUAAUACUAUAUUUUAGGGAAAUAAUAAUAGAACUUAUAAAAAUUACAAUAAACAGAACAAAGUGUGCAAAUGAAAUUUUUAUUUAUUAACUCUAAUUCAGCUAAACAAUCCUUUAAAUAAGAUCUGCUUAUAAACAUUAAGAGUGUGCUAAGUAAAACCCAAACAUCCUUAUUAAUAACCAAAACAAUGGCUGGGAUUAAAAUAUACAAUUACUUAAUUUAGCUGAGAUAUAGUAUAAAAAGCCAGGAUAUUUAAUUAAGUUAGCUAUUUCGUGCAUCAUAAUAAUCAGGCACAAAUAAGUACAUAAAUGAUGCAAAAUUGCCGAAUUUUUAGAGCAAAAUGAAAUUAAUAUCGCUUUCUCUCGGAAAUAUUCAGCAACUCAAUGAUAAAGUAACGAGGAGUAGUAAGGGUGUUGCAAUAAAAUUGCUUUGCCAUGUGGAUAAUAGUAUAAUAAAAGCUGCAUAAUUGAUGUAACAAGUUAAGACAUAUACACAUUUAGUGUACGCAAUUAAUAAUUAAAAUCAGGACAAGAAAUAUAUUUAUCAAGAUUCAAAAGAGUUCGAAGCAAAUCAAAUAACUGAAGGAUAGGAUACUAUAUUCUGGAAUUCAGAAUAGGAACAAAUAAAAUUAAGAUGCAGUUUUAGAUUUGAUAUAAUUUACAACCCCAAAUACACACGAUGUAAAUGA